AAUCUUUUUUUUCUUCCUUUUGAUAAGCUGGAAACAUACCCCACAAUCUCAUCGGAAAGUUCUUGCACGAUCUCCUCACAAUCCUCCCUCGCCUUUUGCAUCUUUGCGUUGAUCUUUCCAUUUCUUGAUUUUUUUUUCAUUUUUUCCCCAAUAAUAGCUCUCCGGUAUAUGGUGUAGGGUUCUUUGGUCACCCUCUUUGUCUUCAAUCCUUUCGCCUGGAUUGACUCAUUCUGACCUUGAAGAGUUUUCUGGUGGAUUCACUAUUCUUUUUUUCUUCUUCUGCGGUUUCUAGGGUUUGUUCAUAGCCGGAUAGAUAUCUUCAAGAAGAAAUGGGUCUUCUUGAAAACCCAUGCCCUUGAAGCAAAACUGCAAUUUGGGAAAAUCCCAGUUGUUGAUUUCGAAUCAUGAAUCAUGUUCAUCUCUUAGUGUCCAUGCUCCAACUCAGUGAAGGCACAAUUUGACCAUUUUCGCUGAAUAAUCUGCUUUCUUGGCAGUUUGAGGGAUUGCUUGGCAUUUGUUAGAAAUUUCUCACCAAACCCUUUCUGGGGGUUUAGGGGUUGUUCUGUUCAUACUCUGAUUCGGGUUGAGAAAUGGGGUGUAUUCAUGGGAAAUGUUGCAGGAGACGACCUUCAUCUUCGGACACGGAUAACAGGGAAGCAUUGGGUGCUGUUUCAGAUCAACCCCAUACAUCUGCUGCUGGGCCUUCAUGCAUUGCUCAUGUGCCUUCUCAUAACUUGAGGUUAGAGUAUUAUGCUCUUACACGACGUGGUCAUUACCCCGAAUCCCCUGAAAAGGAAAAUCAAGAUAGCUAUUGUAUUAAAUCACAGCUUCAGGGAAAUCCCCAUGUCCAUUUCUGCGGUGUCUUUGACGGGCACGGACAGUUUGGGACAGAAUGCUCAGUUUUUGUUAAGAAUAGGUUAGUCGAUGUGCUAUCAAAUGAUCCCACUUUGAUAGAAGACCCCGUCAAGGCUUUCAAUUCUGCAUUCUUGACGACUAACGAGGAGCUUCACAACAGUGACAUAGAUGAUUCUAUGAGUGGGACUACUGCUAUAACGGCUUUAGUCGUCGGGGACAUGCUGUACGUUGCGAAUGUGGGAGACUCGCGGGCCGUGCUGGCUGUCAAGGAAGGGAACAAAGUUGUGGCCAAAGAUCUGUCUUCUGACCAGACUCCUUUCAGGAGAGACGAAUGCGAGAGGGUGAAGCUUUGUGGGGCCAGGGUUCUGAGUGUUGACCAAGUUGAGGGGCUCAAGGAUCCGGAUGUUCAGACGUGGGAUGAUGAGGUGGAAGGUGGGGACCCACCUAGGUUGUGGUUUCAGAAUGGGAUGUACCCGGGGACUGCAUUCACGCGCAGUGUUGGGGAUUGUAUAGCUGAGAAGAUUGGUGUUGUUGCUAUUCCAGAGGUAUUGACAGUACAGUUAACAGCUAACUAUCCAUUUUUCGUAGUCGCAAGUGAUGGGGUGUUUGAAUUUCUCUCCAGCCAAACGGUGGUCGACAUGGCAAACCGAUACGCAGAUCCCAGAGAAGCAUGUUCAGAAAUUGUUGCAGAAUCUUACAAGCGAUGGCUAGAGCAUGAAACCCGAACGGAUGACAUCACAAUCAUCAUUGUAUGCAUCAAGGACUUAUUCCAUGUAUGAUUUCUCAUAUUUGUUAUACAAUGCUUCUAUUCUUCUUCUAGCAACUAUUACGUCUUGUCUAUUAGUAUCACUAGCAUUGGGCAUCACUAGUUGACACCGCUUGAUUUGCACGAAAUUGAUGGGUCCCACGCUACAAAAAAAACUUGUAGCAUGGGUCCCAACAACUAAGUCCAUGCCAAGCGGUGCAACACACAGGUUUUUUCUCUGUUCUCAAUAGAAAACUGCAAAUCCCCAACUUUUUUUGGGACUUUACUUUGUUGUUGUUGAUGAUGAUGGUGCCAUGUUUAGAUUUAAAAUGGUUUGUCAUUAUUAGUACAAUCUUGAACCUGUGUGAUAGUCAGAUGUUAGAACCACUGACUGUACUGAAGGAAAUAAGGAACCCAGUGAGAGGAUGCCUGAGAAUUUUUUCACUCCUACUGCAUCCGAAACUUCUCCGUCGGUGAGAGGUGGCCAAGCCUCUGAACUAAAUCCAUCCGUAAAUCAAAGGUCGCCCUUUGCUGUUUCGUAGCUGAUUAUGGAUUUCAGGUGGUUUGCUUUGCCGGAGACGGGCAGGGAAUGCAAGGGAAAAAUGGCAUGGAAACUUUUUUUUGGAGGGGGGGUUGUUUGUUUCAUUUUUUUAUUGUGCAAAUUUUCUUUGCCCCCUCGGACUUGAGCAUAUCGGUAAUAUCUGUAUUGCCAAACACGCCUCUAUUCUAUUCUGUGUAUGCAUAGCAGCACCAAGAAGUAGAGCUGUUGAAAAUGCUUCUUACUAGAUUAGCACUAAUUAACCAAAAGGUUUGGAUGUGUUCUUGUUUGUAGUUUUCAACUUUCAACAAUUGGUUUCAUAAAAGUUAUUUGAAGGG